AUGGCGGAUGUUGGUGAUUUAGUAUCUGAAUUAGUUGGGGACGUCCUCUCUUCAGGAGACCCCCUGUCCGCUGCAGUCAAACUACUCGUCAAAGGAGGUGUGAAAAUCGCUAUCUUCUACCUCGAUCGCCGAGCUUGUCAACAAUUCCUCGAAGAAAUCCAAACGCUCUUCGUCCGACUGACCAAACUCGGGUAUCUAACACCAUUGAUACCUACCACACAAAAAGAUGCCAAAACGGCUCGCAUGGGCUGGAUCAUGACCCCAGCCGGCGUGGAUGAGUUAUUCUUCAAUGUAUACGCCGACAUCAAAAAUGCGCCUUACCAAUCUCAGCUCUCGGCUGAGCGACUCAAGGCUUUCGGGGUAAUGGAGCCUGUCGUCGUCAAUCUAAAUUCACCGUCAAAAGGAACACAAAUCCGUCAGCGGCUAGGUGCGACGUGGCCGGCUCAGUAUCGCCAGCGGAUGCUGCAACAGAUCAAUCCGUUCCAGUCUAUGCCGACUAUUGCGAAGAAAGAUAUGGGUCGCUUUGCGCGGGCUAUGGUUCGCAAAGCGCUGCGAUCUCCGGUACAUGUUGACCUGCUUCUAGCCCGCACUCUGGGACUUGCGCAGUUCUGUGGUUUGGGAGAAGUCAGUCUUGCAGAUAUGAUUGAGCUGAUGGUACACGCUUGUCAUUACGAAAGCACUGCGAGACGAUAUCUGGCCGCUUUGAUCGGGGUGCAUUACACCGUUUUCACGGGAUUUGCGUUAGUAGACAGCUUGAACGGGCAGGUGCUGGGAAGCCUGGAGAAUCCUGGAAAGAAUUUCGCAAAAUUAGCAGAAAACUUCUCUAAUUCUUUGGUACAAAUUGGCGUCGCGGAAAACAGCAAGCCUCGAAUCUCCGGCGCGGAGGAUAUGCCAAAUGUCAAGUUCAAUAUUCAGGGUGCAGCGCGCGCAAAGGAGGGCGAAGCGAUUUAUAUGGUUUCCGGAUGGGCUGAGGCCCUUCGUCAUAGGCCCAAGAAUCAUCCACAGAUGCGCUCGACAGCUAGAGAUCUCACAGUCGGAUUGGCGAAAGAUGUGGGUAAGAGCUUUGUGCCUGCACCACUGCUGAAGAAGAUGACCGGUUUGGGACGCAAUGUCUACAAACAAGAUGUACACGGGAAUAAUCUCUAUUACUCCGCAGAGCUGGAAACGAUCGAGGUCAGAAUUAGGAGGACAACGGGUGGCAGGUUGGUCGGUAAGAUCUCGCAGUUUGGCGACUGGCGACCAGCUGCGUUCAGUGGUCGGGGUGUCUUUGGUGUGAGAUGUGGUUGCACUCAAGCAGACCCUACAAAAGCCAUGACGGGAUCCCAGUUCAAUGGCUUCCCAAUUUUCAAUUUGUACAAAUUCCGAGCAGGUGAGAAAAUGCUGAUAGGGUACGAUAACACGUUCUUUCACUGGACGGCUGGAGAUUUGCCCAUGAUUUUAUUCUGGGCACAUGCGCAUGUUACGGGCACGUAUAUCCAGGUUGCUGGGGAAUGUGUUUACUGCGCUACCAGUCGAGCGUUUGGCGUGGGGUGCAAUCUCAUCGUAGCGGGAGGGUGGUGA